UCUCUUCAAAGGUUCAUCAUGAGGACCAAAGCUGCUCUCCAGCUGGGCUUCUGUGGUCUGUGUCUCACUAUGACGCUUCUUGGAAAUGGAAUGGGAGAGGUACUUUCUGAUCCACCAGCAGUCAACUGUCAUUGGAGCCGCUGGUCAGAGUGGAGCUCUUGUGAUAAUUGCACAAAUAUCAGGAGGCGUUCCCGAAGUGUGGUCGUGUUUGGCCAGUUUAAGGGUGCGCCCUGUGAAGGAUCACUGGGGGAGAGGGAGUCUUGUCGAACGGAUGCUCAAUGCGAGCGACCGCCUCCCCCUUUAUGCUCCGACUCAGAGUUCCUGUGCGAGUCAGGUUCUUGCAUCACGAAGAGAUUACAUUGCAACGGGGACUAUGACUGUGAGGAUGGAUCAGAUGAGGACUGUGAUCCUAUUCGUAGACCAUGUGGUUCGGAUAUCCUGGAUAACAAUGAACAAGGCAGGACAGCAGGAUACGGAAUCAACAUCUUGGGUUCAGAUCCUCGAAUGAACCCCUUCAACAAUGAUUUCUUCAAUGGGAGGUGCACGCGAUUGAGGAAUCCAUACACUUCGAAGACUGACAGGCUUCCCUGGAAUGUUGGUGUGCUCAACUAUCAGACUCUAGUGGAAGAAACCGCCUCUAGAGAAAUCUAUGAAGACACUCACACCUUCGUAGCAGAAAUGCUGAAAGAGAUGAGUGUUAACGUUGAUGCUGGACUUUCCUUCAAAUUCGGCAAAAGUGAGCCUUCCUUGUCUAAGUCGUCCGACGAUUCUUCAAAGAUAAAUAUAAACGUUGAUUACGACAAGACAACAAUCAUUAAGAAGGUCUCAGAGUACUCCACCAUUAAGAACAAGAGCUUCAUGCGAGUGAAGGGCACAGUACAGCUGAGCAUCUACAGGAUGCGCUCUCGCGAACUCAAAACGGCCGAUGAAUUCCUGGAGCACGUCAACUCUUUGCCUCUGCAGUAUGAGAAGGGGAUUUAUUUUGCCUUCCUGGAGGACUACGGAACUCACUACACCAGAAACGGGAAGACCGGCGGCGAAUAUGAGUUGAUCUAUGUUCUCGACCAGGACACCAUCAAGGAGAAAAAUCUGACGGAGAGAACGGUUCAAGAAUGCAUCAAAAUCGGAAUCACAGCAGACUUUGCAGGCUCGGCUGCGGCCAACGCGAAGCGUGACAAAUGUGAUAAAGUGACAAACAAAGAUGAAGAUAGUGUUCACGGGAAAGCAGCGGUGGACGAGGUGAUGACAUCAGUCAAAGGAGGUACGCUGGCAAGUGCUGUUGCUAUGCGGGCUAAAUUGAAUAAGGACGGAGUGAUGGACAUCGCCACGUAUCAGAACUGGGCCCGGACCAUCGCGGACAACCCUGCGCUGCUCCACAGUGAGCCAGAGCCCAUCUAUAUGUUAGUUCCAUUGGAAAUGCCAGACGCUAACUCCAGGAUAUCCAACCUGAAGCAGGCCACUGCAGACUACGUGGCAGAGUAUAACGUGUGCAAGUGUAAGCCUUGUCAAAACGGAGCCACUCUUGCUCUGCUGGAUGGCAAUUGUAUGUGCCUGUGCCCUCACCUGUAUGAAGGCUUGGCCUGCCAGAAUAACAAGGCCGAAAAAGCUAAAAACCCAGCCGGUACAAUACCUACUGUUAAUCAGGAAGGUAACUGGUCCUGCUGGUCUAGCUGGUCCAGCUGUAGCGGAGCGAAACGCACCAGGACACGCAGCUGUAACACAGAUGGGCUCGUGAGAGCUGUGUGCAGAGGAGACUCCAACAGUGAAGAACACUGCUAAGAGGAUGCAAUACAUCUCUGACAAACACACACACACACACACACACACACACACACACACACACACACACCCUUUGUCUGAAAGAUAUAAAUCUAAGGAUUUAAAGUCAUCAACAUUUUUGUUUUUACAUGUUUGUUAGGAGAACAGAGCCAUCUUGAGGUCAGUAAUAGAUAAUGCAGUUUUUUUCAUGUAUAGAUAGUAUUUUUUUUGUUCAUUUUUUGUGAUUUAAAUGGAUGAAGUUUGAGUUUACAAUAUCAAUUGUAAAUAUGUACACAUAUGGAUUUAGCAUAAAUAAGAUCUGUUAAACUUUUAAAAAGUGCACUGCUACAAAACAAGUAUCAGACAUAAGUUGUAUAAUUUGAAUAAAGAUGUGCACCACA